UUUUUAUCACAACACUUAUUGCGACUAAACUCUUUAGUGCUUAGCUUCUUCUUCUUCAAUGGCUUCUAAAACUUCCUCUUUUGCUCUUUUCCUUGUUCUCAACCUCCUCUUCUUUUCACUUGUCACGGCAUGUGGCUCAUGCGGGGGCUACCCUAACCCGAAGCCGAACCCAAGGCCCCGGCCAAACCCGAACCCCAAACCUAGCCCGUCCGGAAGUGGUACAUGCCCUCGUGAUGCCCUAAAACUAGGGGUAUGUGCUAAUGUUCUGAACGGUUUGCUUAACGUGACCCUUGGACAACCACCAGUGACCCCUUGUUGCUCUUUGCUUAAUGGACUUGUUGACCUUGAAGCUGCCGUAUGCCUUUGCACUGCCCUCAAAGCUAACAUUUUGGGCAUUAACCUCAACCUUCCUAUCUCUCUCAGCUUGCUUCUCAAUGUCUGCUCUCGCAAAGUUCCUCGUGGCUUCCAGUGUGCCUGAUAAGUAUACACAAAAUUAGCUUCUUCUUUUUCUUUCUUCGAUGAUGAUGUGGCCUUUCUCAAUCGGUUUUUCGACUUUACAUUUUCUAGUCUAAACCAUAUGAAGAUGAUGACGACGACUUUAUGUAUCUUGGAUUAUUGUUGUUGUUGUUAUAAACACCUCGUUUAAUUUGUGGUUUCUCUGUCAUUUGUGUGCAUGGGACUAUGGUGAAUAAUCUCCCCAUAUUUACUACUCGGGUAAAUUUGUAAGGGGGGAAGAAAAGAGACAUGAAAGUUUAUAGUUGUGAUGAUCACAGAUUCUUCUCUUAUAAUUUGUUCUUCAUUUUUAAUUUG